AUCACUACUCACUCGGUUACUGCGGCCUCGGCCCUCACUCAGACUGGUCCCCUCCUCAGUUUUAUAUACACAUACUUGUCCCCACAAUCGCAGCCGGGGCAUCAACCUCAAGAUAAGUCCCACGAUCUCUGGAUCGUUAAUUCGUCAAAGAUGCUCAAUUGAUACAUCGGCUAGUACAGCCUACAUAGGACAUCGUGCGCCGCUAAGCUUCUCGAAGCUCCGACUCCAAUGCAACAGAAUGCAACCCUUCAUAAGAAUUAUAACUCAAGAGGCUUUUAUGUGUUCCUGUGUGUGGUGAUAUGUAUAAAUGGCGCAUGAGUACAAGGAGAUGGUUUGCCGUACCACUUCUCGUGUUCCUCGACUUUCAUAUCCCUCCAGUUACCUCCAUCCCCUGAACUAUGCGCCUGCAAAACCCUAUACGCAUAGAGCGACGUCUCGGCGACACAGAAACCUCGUAUUUUCUCCCUUCACGCGAAUCUGGAGUGAAUGAUAUGUAUCUACAUCUAGGAUUCUCUGCGCAACCCCAAUCCAUUCGACGAGAUAGAGUCGCUAAUGCUUGGGCUAUACUUCGGUUAAAGCAUCCCCUACUUGCUUGCAACAUAGAAAUGCAUGAUUACGACGAUAUUAAAUUCGUACUGAUGCCUUAUGCUUCGCCUGAAUCUGUGUUGCACUCUGCCAAUGAAAACAUUUUUUAUCGGCAGGGAACCAAAGAAGAAUUAAUAGAUUCAUAUCUCAAUGGACCUAGAACACUUUCCGCUCAGCGAUUAUCUUGUAUAUUUUUAUCCCAGGAAUCGGAUAGAUCUCAUUCUCGACACACCCACCCAGAUGGACCAGUCCAAUCCACGCAGGUUGAAGAUUGGUUUGACUAUGAUUUGUUACUAUGCACAACACAUUUCAUUGGUGAUGGAAUGGCUCUUCACCAGUGCGCGAACGAUUUUUUCACACUCUUGUCAUCGAAGAGAAGCACAGAAGAAUUACAUGACAUUGUGAAGGAACAAUGGCGAAUUCGCUAUGGGAGCCAAUUUUCUGAAUUAUCACUUCCUAGAUCUUUAGAAGAGCGCUUACCGCAGAGCUCCGGGAGAUUCCAACGGGCGGUAUCCAUCGUCGACUUUGACCUCAGCCAAGGCCGGCUAUUGGGAGGACAUUCUUUUUCCAGAAGGAAAGGGAACGAUAGAAGAACUGUCGUUCCUACCGUGGCAUUUGAUGAAGACCACACAAGGAAGGCUCUCAAGUUAUGCAAGUCCCACAAUGUGAGCAUUUCGAGUGCUUUGUUUGCUAUCUGCAAUAUUGCGUGGGCGCGAACCAGAAAUGACAAUCCUGAUCUUCCUGUCAUGAUGUAUUCUGCACUCAAUCUACGUCCUUUCCUUACCCCCGACGAGUUGAACGACUCAUACUGGUUUAUUGCCAUCUCUUAUUUUAAUGUCAUACUUCCUGGAUUUCUCCCGGCAACCGAUGUCGAAAAAACUUUUUGGCAUCGUGCGCGCUUUGCGAAAGAACAAAGCACCAGAGCUGCAAAACAUCGAAUGUUAAUUUCUCGAAGUAGAGAAAUGGCGAAGGAAAGAGGGGUCCGUGCUAGGCGCUGGGCUAAAGAAGAUGACGAAAAUGCCAGUGGUACGCGGCUACCUUCGCCACCUGUUACGGCUACAGUAAUGGAAAGGCCACCAUCUACGGCAUUGAUUGGACUUUCGUUAUUGGGAAAUCUGGAUGGAAUCUACAAGCAUACCUCGUUCCCCCAGAUCAGGCUUCAUACCCUCACAACCGGUAGUCGCCAGCGUUCAGGCGCCAUGCUGUUAUUUGGUUAUACAUUUGUUGGAAAAUUGUGGGUAAGUCUGGGAUAUGACGAAAAUGGGUUUGAAAAGGGCUUAGUGGAGCAAUUUUGGAAAAAUGUUCUCACUUCUAUGGAAGAGUUGUUGCUUUAGGCAAACUAUAAUCUUACGGUAUACAACCUCCAUCCACUGCCACCACUUCGCCGACCCCUCUGUGCCCCAAUUGCAUAUCAACCUCGGAAAAAUCUGUGCUCCGUCCAGAUUUAGCUGAAAGAGACACCUUGAGCCACGGCUUCGAUGUUCACAACUUGAUAGAAUUAAUGUUGUUUCCGCCCUUCUGAUACACACGGAUGAAUCUACUGAAUAAUACAGACAUUCAAUAUUUCUGUAAAGAGAGGGGUACAUACAUAUAAGAAUCCUGUAUAAGGACUGGCAAGGAGUCAAAUCUAAAGCUUCAGGUAGCGGCUAUACCAAUUGGAGAAUGUCAGGACUAGUAUGACGCGGUGUUCACUCGCCGCCAUGCAAGCAUUGCAUUCGUAUAGCACCAGCUUCAAAAUCCUGAUAUCAUCGAGAGCUGGGUCGAGGCUAUGAUUCCUUGUCUCCUUCCUACUAUGGCUAUAAACACCUCGCCUCCUUCACAGA